UCAGUGCAGUAUUUUCCUCAUCAUUGCAAGUUGAAUGCUCUCGUCUGAUCUUCUUCUCCAUCUUCACCGAAAGGACGGCAACAUUUUCUAAUUCACUAUACCCUUCAGACGAAUAACGGUAACAAUGCUUACGGUAUUUCCAGUUACAAUGUGUAUACUUUUUAGUUUCUUAAUUGGAGUCUAUUAUUACUAUGUCAAAGUAGCGGACAGGUGUAAUUGUCAAACUUCUUUGAUCGGAAAAACAGUCGUUAUAACAGGAGCUAAUACCGGAAUUGGUAAAGAAACUGCAUUUGAAUUAGCCAAACGUGGGGCUAAAGUCAUCCUAGCAUGUCGUAAUCAGGAAAAGGGAGAAAACGCUGCCAAAGAUAUACGUGCCACUACCAAUAAUCCGCAUGUCGUCUGCAGAGUACUGGAUCUAGCCAGCUUCCAAUCUAUUCGCAACUUCGCUGAAGGACUACAGAAACAGGAAGACAGGCUUGAUAUAUUGGUCAAUAAUGCUGGAGUAGUAAACGAUGGAUCUAGUCAGACAGAGGACGGCUAUGACUUGGUGUUUGGAGUCAAUCAUCUUGGCCAUUUUCUGCUCACCAACCUCCUCUUACAGAAACUCAAGGAAAGUUCACCGAGCCGGAUAAUCAACGUAUCAUCAGAUGCAUAUCAAAUGACACGACUCAAUUUUGAUAAUUUGAAUCAAAAUAAAGGACGCAUAUCAUCUUAUUCACACAGUAAACUCGCGAACGUUGUCUUCACAAAAGAACUUAGUCGACGUUUAAAAAACACGGAAGUGACGGCGUAUUCCCUACAUCCAGGGUGCAUCGAUACAGAUAUAAAGCGAAAUUGGUCUCCUUUUCUUAAAUUCAUGACACCGAUUAUCAAGUUUUGGAUUCUUAAAAGUGCGAAUGAUGGAUCGCAGACCUCUGUUCACUGCGCCAUCGCAGACAACAUCUCUCAUUUGUCUGGCGGUUAUUUCAAGGGUUGUAAAGUACAGAAAAUCUCCCCACACGCUGCAGAUGAAACAAGCGGUAGACGGUUAUGGGAAAUCAGCGAGAAAAUGACGGGAUUUAAAGAAACAAUUGACGUCACCAAAUGACUUUAUAUUCAAUAACUUGACGCAAGUUUAACGAAAACACAGUGGCCUGGUCAGAAUUAACAUGAAGUCGCCAUCACCUGAGCAAGAAAGUUCCACCAUCUGAGCAGGUCUGAGUUUCAAGAUCCUAUACUGAAAUCUAAAAAGCUCUCGAUCUAAGCACCAACAUUAAUGUCUAUGGAUUGAGCAACAGGGCUUCCUGAUCAAAGCAUCAACUUUGUAUACUAGAAUCAUGGACCUAUUUUAAUAGGUCCGUGAUAAAAUUACCGAUCCGAGUAUUGUCUAUGAUCUGAGCUGAGCAAGAAGGAUCAACAAUUUGAGCAUUUUCUGUUUCGUUGCUCGUUUGCAGUUCUGUUUGUGCUUUUUCUUCUUUAGUUUUAAAAUGUAUUAUUUUUUACUGUUUUUCUUAUAUUGCAAUUGCACACGGGGGUGUGUCCUUCCAGGUGCACAACUCAACAACUACUGGAGCGAUUUACUUCAAAUUGUCCUACUCUUGCCAUUUUCUUUUAUUAGUGCGAUCUUCAGAAAUUAUAACAUCAAGAUUAUAAUAUGAACUACUGAACACAUACGGGAUCUGAGCUAAGUUUUAAAAAAAAUGAGCAAGUUUCAAGUUUUUUUGAGCUAUGCAUGAUGGGUUGCAAUUUUGUAUAUAACAUUUUUUAAUAUUCUUGCAUUUUUUAAUAUAUUGUUUUUUGUAAAUACACUCAUUUCAGCCUUUGGCUGCUGUUUGUAUAUUUUCUUUUAUACCUGAAUAAAUAAAAAAAUUUCAGGCACGCAAUGAAACGAAAAAAAGUACUACCACGAGGUAGAGGGCGCCCUAUUAUAAUUCCAGAAUUCGAAUAAUAAUAAUUGUAAUUUUAUUAGCGCAUAAUGUAAAAUACCUCUAUGCGCUUUUGAUAGAGUUUGACAUUCGUUCUAUACGAACGACCUUUACGUUCUUUUGGGCGGCGCCCUCUAGUUCCUGGUAGUACUUUUUGGAGAUAGAAUUCCGAUUCAAAGAGCUUGCUAUUUUAUUAUCAUUGCUACAAUCUGGAAAUCAAGACUUCAUAAUCUGGACUUGCACGAAGUUUCCACAAUUUGAGCAAGGAUUUUUAGAAACUAGUUCAAUCAACCAACAAACAAGAAACAGCAAAAGUCUUUCUACAUUUGCUACUUUAUUCAUUUAUUUAAUAUAAAAAAAUUGCAAACUUGAUUACAUUUCAUAUGAUCAUAAAUGGGGCAUUGAGCACACAAAUCAGCUGACAAUAUUACAUGCAGCAAAAUAUAAAAUAAAGAAGAAACAAUAUGAAUAUAUUUAAAUUAUAUUCAUCUCUAUUUAUAGAUUUCAGUAUUACAUAAGUUAUAAUACAUUGCCAUGUGAAAUAAAACAUAAAUAUUUAUUAUUUUACGGAUAUUCAUCUUUUUCAAUAAAACUAUUUAUAUAAAUUUUUUUUUCAUCUGAUUGUUUUUAUUUGGUUUGGCUUGAAAUAUUUUCUUUAUUUUUCCAUAAUAAGUACAUCCAUAGCAGGUUUUGACUCUAAAUAGCGUGGAACUCCAGUACUGCUUUAAAUCAUAAAGGUCACUGUUUUGCUGAUCAUCGGAUCUCAAGUUGGAAGAAGACACUUCAGGGAGGAUCUGGUUAAAUAAUCUUUCUUUAAAGCCGCACUCGCUACGCCCGAGGGUCGUCGGCCGAUGUGGUUCUAUGAAGCACGCAACGUGACUACGCGCGCGCUACAGAUCGUUUUUAAUGACGAUCCAUCUAGACUGCCAUCGACGAUGGGAACUUUUCUGGGAACUUUUUACUUUCCCGUGGGACUGUGGAAGGCUGUUUCAAUUUCCAAGGACCCUGAUUUGUGAAGAUGAAUAGUAAUACUGUUGAUUAUACUUCAGUUACAUUUCAAACCAGAUCAUUUAUUGCACUGUGAAUAACAAGCUGUUUAAGGAGUUGCAUAAAUGAAUAUAAAAAUAGA